AAUAUAUUGCAAGAUAGAGUAAGGGAUUUUACAGAGAGAGAAGAAACGAUGAGAAAAUGAUUGAAAUAAUUACUUUCUAUUUUAUUUAAUCUUAUUCAAGAAGGACUGUUGAGGUGUCGCUUUCUUUAUAGGGCAUUUUAUUGCAGAGAGAGAGAGAGAGAGAGAGAGAGGUCAUUAGCUUCCCGUGGAACGAGAUCUUCGCCUGUGGGAGCUAAACGGUGGCUUGUCUUCGUUGUGAUUGCCGUUCGAGGGUGGAAUUUGAGGGUUUUCUCCUUAGAUUUGGCCCGGAUCUGGAGGAAUUCGAUUCAAAAGAGCUGGUUUUUAGGGUUUCGGAUGCGACUUGGAGCAGAUCUAGUUGAAGUCGAAGCAUUCGGCGGAGGGUUUCCUGCGGAAAUUGCAUUUUGCGAGAAAUCCAGUUUUCGGCCUUUUUUUUAGGCGUUUGGAGUUAGAUCUGAUUGGCAUUGAAGUGGUUUGCGGAAAACUAGCAGUAGAUCUGUAGGAGAUUUGAGCAUUUUUAUCCGUCGGAUCUGCCAAUGGAGGCAGAACAAGAGACAGCGCCGAAACCUUUGAAACACUUGAGUGGUCAGGUUUGCCAGAUCUGUGGCGAUGAUGUCGGCACAACCACAGACGGCGAGCUCUUUGUAGCCUGCAAUGUCUGUGCAUUCCCUGUCUGCAGACCCUGUUAUGAGUACGAGAGGAAAGAUGGGAAUCAGUCGUGCCCUCAGUGCAAGACCCGAUACAGGAGGCACAAAGGGAGCCCUCCUGUUCGUGGUGACGAAAUGGAGGGCGAAGCUGAUUAUGUGGCCAAUGAUUUCAAUUAUUCAUCCGGGAGUCAAAACCAGAAGCAGAAGAUUGCCGAACGCAUGCUGAGCUGGAAAAUGAGCUAUGGUCGAGCAGAAGAUGUCGGGGCAGCCCCAAAAUAUGAUGGUGAUGAAGUUCCUCUGAAUCAUAUUCCUUUGCUCACUAAUGGCCAGCUUUCGGGAGAAUUGCCAGCAGCAUCUCCUGACCGUCUUACCAUGCCAUCUCCUGGUGGUGGUGGAGGAAAGCGUGUGCAUCCGCUCCCUUAUGCAGAAUCUAAUAUUAGGGUUGUAGAUCCAGCAAGAGAAUUUGGUUCUCAAGGAUUUGGAAAUGUUGCUUGGAAAGAGAGAGUUGAUGGCUGGAAAAUGAAGCAGGAGAAGAACGUGGCACCCUUGAGCACUGGAGGUCAUGGCACUUCAGAAGGCAGGGGAGCUGGAGAUAUUGAUGCUAGUACGGACAUCAAUAUGGAUGACUCUUUAUUGAAUGAUGAAGCCCGUCAGCCUCUCUCAAGGAAGGUGUCUCUUCCUUCAUCCAAGAUAAACCCCUAUAGGAUGGUCAUUGUUUUGCGGCUUAUUAUCCUCUGCAUUUUCUUUCAUUACCGGAUAACCAACCCUGUCCGCAAUGCUUAUGCUUUGUGGUUGCUUUCUGUGAUAUGUGAGAUAUGGUUUGCAAUAUCUUGGAUAUUGGAUCAGUUCCCUAAGUGGCUUCCGGUAAACCGUGAGACAUAUCUUGACAGGCUUGCUCUAAGAUAUGACCGAGAAGGGGAACCAUCUCAGUUGGCUGCUGUGGACAUUUUUGUCAGUACCGUUGACCCUUUAAAGGAGCCCCCUCUUGUCACAGCCAAUACUGUUCUGUCGAUUCUUGCGGUGGACUACCCAGUUGAUAAGGUCUCUUGCUAUGUCUCUGACGAUGGAGCAGCUAUGUUGACAUUUGAAGCUUUGUCUGAAACUUCAGAAUUUGCAAGGAAAUGGGUCCCUUUCUGCAAGAAAUACGCCAUCGAACCCCGAGCUCCAGAAUGGUACUUUGCACAGAAGAUUGACUACUUGAAAGAUAAAGUUCAUCCUUCAUUUGUCAAAGAUCGCAGAGCUAUGAAGAGAGAAUAUGAAGAAUUUAAAGUUCGUGUCAAUGGGCUUGUUGCCAAGGCACAGAAAAUUCCUGAUGAGGGAUGGAUCAUGCAAGAUGGCACACCAUGGCCUGGGAAUAACACUAGGGAUCAUCCGGGAAUGAUUCAGGUCUUCUUGGGCCACAGUGGUGGGCUUGACAGUGAGGGCAAUGAGCUACCACGGUUAGUCUAUGUUUCUCGUGAGAAACGCCCAGGCUUCCAACAUCACAAGAAGGCUGGUGCAAUGAAUGCACUUGUCCGUGUAUCAGCAGUCCUUACCAAUGGAUCCUACAUGCUGAAUCUUGACUGUGAUCACUACAUAAACAAUAGCAAGGCAUUGCGGGAAGCAAUGUGUUUCCUCAUGGACCCAAACCUUGGCAAACAUGUUUGUUACGUUCAAUUUCCACAGAGAUUUGAUGGUAUCGAUAGGAGCGAUCGAUAUGCCAACCGCAAUACUGUGUUCUUUGAUAUCAAUUUAAGAGGUCUAGAUGGCAUCCAAGGUCCUGUUUAUGUGGGUACAGGAUGUGUCUUCAACAGAACUGCUUUAUAUGGCUAUGAACCUCCUCUCAAGCAAAAGCAUAGUAAACUAGGUUUCUUCUCUUCCUUAUGUGGCGGAUCACGAAAGAAAACAUCAAAAUCAAAUAAAAAGAGCUCGGACAAGAAGAAAUCAAGCAAGCAUGUGGACUCUACCGUGCCUAUAUUCAACCUGGAAGAUAUAGAAGAGGGGGUCGAGGGUGCUGGAUUUGAUGAUGAAAAGUCACUGCUCAUGUCACAGAUGAGCUUGGAGAAAAGGUUUGGCCAGUCAACUGUCUUUGUUGCCUCUACCCUCAUGGAACAUGGUGGUGUUCCUCAGUCAGCCACUCCAGAGUCUCUUCUAAAAGAAGCUAUCCAUGUUAUCAGCUGUGGAUAUGAGGACAAGACAGACUGGGGAAGUGAGAUAGGAUGGAUUUACGGUUCUGUUACAGAAGAUAUUCUUACUGGAUUCAAGAUGCAUGCCCGUGGUUGGCGAUCAAUCUACUGCAUGCCCCCUCGUCCAGCUUUCAAAGGAUCUGCUCCUAUUAACCUCUCGGAUCGUCUGAACCAAGUGCUUCGAUGGGCUCUGGGUUCUGUUGAAAUUCUUCUAAGUCGGCAUUGCCCUAUGUGGUAUGGGUAUGGAGGAAGGUUGAAAUGGCUGGAGAGAUUUGCAUACAUCAACACCACCAUUUACCCAAUCACUUCAAUUCCUCUUGUCAUCUAUUGUACAUUGCCUGCUGUCUGUCUACUGACUGGAAAGUUCAUUAUUCCACAGAUUAGCAAUUUCGCCAGCAUUUGGUUCAUUUCUCUCUUCCUUUCCAUCUUUGCUACUGGUAUAUUGGAGAUGAGGUGGAGUGGUGUUGGGAUUGAAGAGUGGUGGAGGAAUGAACAGUUCUGGGUCAUUGGAGGUGUGUCAGCUCAUCUCUUUGCCGUUUUCCAAGGCUUGCUGAAAGUCCUCGCUGGUAUUGACACGAACUUCACGGUCACCUCCAAGGCGUCGGACGAAGAUGGUGAUUUUGCUGAGCUUUACAUGUUCAAAUGGACAACCCUGCUGAUACCACCAACCACCCUUCUCAUAAUCAACCUUGUGGGUGUGGUCGCCGGGAUCUCCUACGCCAUCAACAGCGGGUACCAAUCAUGGGGUCCGCUUUUCGGGAAGCUCUUCUUUGCCUUCUGGGUGAUUGUCCACCUCUAUCCAUUCCUUAAGGGUUUGAUGGGCCGUCAGAACCGGACACCGACCAUCGUGGUCGUUUGGUCAAUCCUACUGGCCUCAAUCUUCUCCUUGUUAUGGGUUCGGAUUGACCCGUUCACCACACGAGUGACUGGCCCAGAUGUUCAACAAUGUGGGAUCAACUGCUAGAAGAAGUUUAUCAAAAGAAGAGCAGCAAUCAUAUAGCAUUGAAAGAAAUGAGUGAAGAUAUGAUUUGGCUCAUGAACUAAAGGUAUGGGCUCUUUUUCAGCCUUUUGUGUUUUUUCUUUUUUUCUUUUUUUGUUCUAUCACUGUGUUGGGAAAAUACCAUUGUCAAGUGUAUGUAGAUAGGAGGAUGCUUUUCUAUUGUCUCAUAAAUUAUCAUUACUAUUCUUUUGUGGAACCAAAUGGAAUUUGGGGCU